AUGAAUCGAAUUCAUCAUUAUUCAGGAUUAGACAGUCGGCAAAAAUCUGGAUAGGAAGGAACAGAGCCAGCAUCUACGAAUAAUAGGCUUACUAGAAGUUUAGGGAAGAGCAGAUCUUCCUUUAAUAACAGCGUUUCCCAAUCAAUUACUAGUUCGAUAUAGAAGGGAAAAUCUUAUUACUUGAAUCAAUUAGAAGCGUACUAUAAUAUGCAUUUAAUUGAAAUAUUGGCAGGUUCGUUUUUAGUUAAUUAAGGGAUGGAAUUGCUCAAUAAAUUUAAGGAAUUGUUCCAAUAGAUAGUCGAGUAAUUAUAAGACCUACUAUUCCUUAUUAAAUAAGUUGAUUUUGAAGCUCCCAACUUUGAAGAACUGUAUUAGACGGAUGCUGAAUAUUUCAGUGAGACUGUAUAUAGGGAUAUAAAGCAUCUUGAAUAACAACACUAUGAUCUAAUUUACUCAUCUAGUUUAAGAUUUUUACCAAAUAUUUUAGAUUGUCUCUAAUAUAAUUUCGAAAUUGAUAUUUAUGAAUUUGAUAUCCGUAAUUGGGCAUAGUAAGGAUUGGAUCAUAUUCUGAAAUUUAGUGGAUUAAGAAGAUCAUUUCGUUAACCUGUUGGUUGCUGUUAAAGAUAUUGCAAAUGCAUAGCAGAUUUAUUUAAAGGGAAUAGACAAAGAAGAUGA